GGGGCGGGGGGGGGAAGGCGGCGGGGUCGGAAUGUGAGCGGAGAAGGAGCUGGCGGCUGAGGGUGGAAGAAUGAGAGAAAAGAAAGAUGAAAGAAUGUUGAACCACGUUGUCUGGCAAUGUGAUGGAAGGGAACGGAACUAAGGACCCUUGCAGCAGAACACUGGGAUGGCUUCACCAAGAUAACGAUGCUAAGGCGUGGCUUUGGAAAUUCUCUGGUUGCUUUUCUCAUCCUGAGCAGACGCUGCCUCUUAGUUCCCAAACGAAAGAGUACAUGGAGAACAAGAAAGCUGCUGUGGAGUUAAAGGAUAUACCAUCUCCCCUUCAUGUUGGCUCUAAACUUUUCCCAGCAGUUCCACUUCCUGAUAUUCAUUCUCUUCAACAACCUAAAGUACAGCUCUCAGCUGUUCCCAAAGUAAGCUGCUGUGCUCAUUGCCCUAAUGAACCCUCCACUUCACCCAUGCGUUUUGGUGGUAGUGGUGGUGGUGGCAGUAGUGGAGGUUCUGGGAGCUUGAUUCACACGGGCUCACUCUUAGACUCACCAAGCGCCGGGACAGUCACGUGUCAAGUAGGGUCAGGGUGUGCUUUGCAGUCCGUGUCUUCACUGCAGAAUGCCUCUACUAGGAACAACAUGGUGGGUCUUGCGAGUGACUUCCCCAGCAUGUGUGUAGAAAGUAACGUACCUUCCUGCAAGCACCUGCCGUGUUGUGGGAAGCUCCAUUUCCAGUCAUGUCACAGUAAUGUGCACAAGCUGCAUCAGUUUCCGACUCUCCAGGGCUGCACCUCUGCUGGCUAUUUCCCCUGUUCUGAUUUCCCAAGCGGGGCUCCCAGGCAUUUGGAAGAGCGCCUUUCCCAGUCAGAGCUCACACCUCACUUGUGCACCAACUCUCUUCACCUAAGUGUGGCACCACCGGUUUGUUUAAAGGGCUCACUGUACUGUGAAGACUGUCUAAACAAGCCAGCAAGAAAUAGUAUAAUUGAUGCUGCUAAAAUCUGGCCAAAUAUACCACCUCCAAGUACUCAGCCUGCACCCCGAGCUAUCCCUCUGUGUAAUGGCUGUGGAACAAAAGGGAUGGAGAAGGAGACCUCAUUGUUGUUGGCAACCAGUCUAGGCAAAGCUGCUUCAAAAUUUGGGUCACCAGAAGUGGCAGUCACUGGACAGGUGCUGGAGACCCUCCCCCCCAUUGGAGUUUUCUGGGAUAUUGAAAACUGCUCCGUUCCCUCUGGCCGGUCAGCAACAACUGUUGUACAGAGAAUCCGUGAAAAAUUUUUUAGAGGACACAGAGAAGCAGAGUUUAUCUGUGUGUGCGACAUCAGUAAAGAAAACAAGGAAGUUAUUCAAGAGCUGAAUAAUUGCCAGGUAACCGUUGCUCACAUAAAUGCUACUGCAAAGAAUGCUGCUGAUGAUAAACUCCGCCAGAGCCUGCGAAGGUUCGCAAAUACGCACACUGCUCCAGCUACUGUGGUUCUUGUGUCAACUGAUGUCAAUUUUGCACUGGAGCUCAGUGAUCUGCGGCACAGGCAUGGCUUCUACAUCAUUUUGGUGCAUAAAAACCAGGCCUCUGAAGCCUUGUUACACCACGCUAACGAGUUGAUCAGAUUUGAGGAGUUCAUUUCUGAUCUGCCUCCCAGGUUACCGCUGAAGAUCCCUUGCCACACUCUGCUCUACGUUUAUAACCUACCAGCAAAUAAAGAUGGCAAGAGCAUCAGCAACAGGCUCAGGCGCCUGUCUGAUAACUGUGGUGGCAAAGUGCUGAGUAUCACAGGCUGCAGCGCAGUUCUCCGCUUCAUAAGCCAGGACAGUGCGGAGCGGGCCCAGAAGCGCAUGGAAAAUGAAGAUGUCUUUGGUAACAGGAUCGUUGUGUCCUUUACUCCAAAACACAGAGAAUUCUUUGAAGCCAAGAAUUCAAAUGUAAUUGCCGAUAAAGUGAAGUCUCCCAAAAAAGUUAAGAACACAAAAUUGUGCUUCAUCAAAGACACAAGUGAACAGUCACCCAGUGCCAAAGCCAUGCCUGGGAAAGGAUUGCAGGCAAAUUCUGGAUCUGCUACAAAACCCACAAACAUUAAAAGUUUACAGGAGUUGUGCCGAAUGGAAUCAAAGACCGGCAGCAGAAACAGUGACCACCAGCAAGGCCAUGGGAGGCUGGCAGUACUGCCCAAUAGCAGCGCAAGCACUUCAGUGCCCACCUUGAACACAGGUGUGACGGAGCCACUCUACAGAAGCAAUCAGAAAAAAGAGAACCUCGGUUCCCAGAAUGUGACCAGCUGUCCUGUAGAGAAGGAGAGAGAGGAGACUGUCUUCCAAGUGAGCUACCCGUCAGCAUUCAGUAAGCUGAUUGCCUCACGGCAAGGCAGCCCUCUGCUCACCUCUCAGUCUUGGUCUCCAAGGAGUAUGUCUCCAAACCUUUUAAACAGAGGCUCACCACUUGCUUUCAACGUUGCCAAUCCCAGCAGUGGUGCCGACUGCACAGAACCAUUUGCAAAUGGUGUUGACAUCCAGGUCAGCAAUGUGGACUACAGGCUGUCCCGGAAGGAGCUACAGCAGCUCCUCCAGGAAGCCUUUUCCAAGCAUGGCCAGGUGAAGAGUGUUGAGCUCAGUCCCCAUACCGAUUACCAGCUCAAGGCCAUUGUCCAGAUGGGCAACCUGCACGAAGCAGUCUGUGCCGUGAACAGCCUCCACAGGCACAGAAUUGGCAGCAAGAAGAUCCUGGUCUCACUCUCCACAGGCGCUGCCAACAAGUCACUCUCCUUACUAAGUGCAGAAACAGUGGCUAUUCUUCAGGAUGCUCCUGCCUGUUGUUUGCCUCUCUUUAAAUUAAUAGACAUCUAUGAAAAGAAGUAUGGACACAAGUUAAAUGUGUCUGAUUUAUAUAAAUUAACAGACACAAUUGCAAUCCGUGAACAGGGAAAUGGGCGGCUGGUGUGUCUCUUACCAAGUAGCCAGGCCCGCCAGAGCCCCCUGGGCACUUCCCAGUCACAUGAUGGCUCCUCCACAAACUGCAGCCCAGUUCUGUUUGAAGAGUUGGAGUAUCACGAACCUGUCUGCAGGCAGCACUGCUCUAAUAAGGACUUCAGUGAACAUGAGUUUGAUCCAGACUCUUACAAGAUUCCGUUUGUGGUUCUUUCUUUGAAAGUCUUUGCACCUCAAGUUCAUAGUCUUCUCCAGACCCACGAGGGCACGGUGCCUUUGCUAAGCUUUCCAGAUUGCUAUGCUGCGGAAUUUGGUGGCCUAGAAAUUACACAAGACAGCCACAGGGGUGUCCCCUUAGAGCACUUCAUCACCUGCAUUCCAGGAGUGAACAUUGCCACUGCUCAGAAUGGCGUCAAAGUAGUGAGGUGGAUUCACAACAAGCCCCCGCCUCCCAACACUGACCCUUGGCUUCUGCGUUCUAAAAGUCCUGUGGGUAAUCCCCAGCUGAUCCAGUUCAGUAGAGAAGUCAUUGACUUACUGAAGAACCAACCAUCUUGUAUACUACAAAUCAGCAAUUUCAUCCCUUCAUACCAUCACCAUUUUGCAAAGCAAUGCCGAGUUUCAGAUUAUGGAUAUUCCAAGCUGAUUGAACUACUAGAAGCUGUGCCUCACGUUUUGCAGAUUCUUGGAAUGGGCUCCAAGCGUCUGCUGACCCUCACUCAUAGGGCCCAGGUAAAGCGCUUUACUCAGGAUUUACUAAAACUUCUCAAGUCCCAGGCCAGCAAGCAGGUCAUUGUGAGAGAGUUCUCACAGGCUUAUCAUUGGUGUUUCUCAAAGGACUGGGAUGUCACAGAGUAUGGUGUUUGUGAAUUGACUGAUAUCAUAUCAGAGAUCCCAGACACAACCAUCUGCUUGUCCCAGCAAGAUGAUGACAUGGUCAUUGGUAUCCGAAAAAGAGAACGAACUCAGGAUGAAAUAGAAAGGACAAAGCAGUUCUCCAAGGAUGUUGUGGACCUGCUGCGCCACCAGCCCCAUUUCCGGAUGCCCUUUAACAAGUUCAUUCCCUCUUACCACCACCACUUUGGCCGUCAGUGCAAACUUGCAUACUAUGGGUUUACCAAGCUGCUUGAACUUUUAGAAGCCAUCCCUGAGAUUUUACAAGUGUUAGAAUGUGGAGAAGAGAAAAUCCUGACUUUGACUGAAGUGGAGCGAUUCAAAGCUCUAGCAGCCCAGUUUGUUAAGCUUCUGCGGUCCCAAAAAGAUAACUGCCUUAUGAUGACAGAUCUACUUACAGAAUAUGCUAAGACGUUUGGAUAUACAUUUCGUCUCCAAGACUAUGAUGUCAGCUCGGUCUCAGCUUUGACACAGAAGCUCUGCCAUGUUGUAAAGGUAGCUGACAUGGAGUCUGGCAAACAGAUCCAGCUGAUCAACAGGAAGUCCCUGCGGUCUCUCACUGCCCAGUUGCUGGUGCUGUUGAUGUCUUGGGAAGGAGAUGCCUGUCUUUCCGUUGAGGAGCUCAGGAGACAUUACGAGACCACCCACAGUACUCCUCUCAACCCCUGUGAAUAUGGAUUCAUGACCUUGACUGAGUUACUGAAGAGUCUGCCUUACUUGGUGGAGGUAUUUGUGAAUGAUAAGGCAGAGGAGUAUGUGAAGCUCACAAGCCUUUACUUGUUUGCAAAGAAUGUGCGGUCUUUGCUUCACACCUAUCACUACCAGCAGAUUUUCCUUCAUGAAUUUUCCAUGGCCUAUACCAAGUACGUUGGAGAAACACUGCAGCCCAAAACAUAUGGCUACAGUAGUGUGGAAGAGCUAUUGGGAGCCAUCCCACAGGUGGUCUGGAUAAAAGGACAUGGUCAUAAGAGAAUUGUAGUGUUAAAAAAUGACAUGAAAAACCGGCUAAGCUCACUUGACCUUUUCCCUGCCAAUCAUGAAGACCAGCCUGCAGUCAGCAGUCAGAUCCUGGAGGUGCCAGAAUCCCAUAUAGCUUCAGAACUCCGGCUUGGAACAGGGUCCAACCAGAUGGAGCAGGAGAUUCUGCACCUGGCCAGCAGCUCCCCUGUUGAUCUCCUCUGUGCUCCUGUCCCUUCAUGCCUGCCAUCCCCUCAGCUAAGACCAGAUCCUGUCAUCCUGCAGUCCACUGAUCUCAUUCAGUUUGAGGAACAUUCUCAAGAGCCUUUGGGAAUUUUAGUUUCAAAACAAGAAGAAAAACCAGAAAUUCCAGUACCAGUAAAGAAGGGAAAUGUGCCCUGUGACUCCUCACCUUGCAGCCCAGCAUCUGCCCCUGCUCCUCCCGGCCCCUCCUCAGAAGCCUCCAAGUCACUGUUCAGCAAGGAUGCAGUGGAAAGCCCAGCCAAAAAGCAGCCCAAAAAUAGAGUCAAAUUGGCGGCCAACUUUUCUUUUGCACCUGUAACCAAGCUUUAACUCCCAUUUUAAACACAAAAUGAAAUUAGGAGGGG